GAUUUUUUUUUCUCCUUCCUUCUAACGGGAGCAAGAGACCUCUGGAUCGUAGUCUUUGAACGAGCUGACCGAUUGCCAGAACUCUGUCCUCGCUGCUUUUGUACUUCGAAAGCUUCUACUUCCUUUUCCUCCUUCUUCCAUUCAUUCACAAUGACCAGCGUCAACGGCGUCGACGGGGCCCAGGUCCUGGACAGCAAGUCCGCCCUCGAUGUCCUCAAGGAGUACGAGAGCCGCGAUGGACUCGACAUUCAUGAGCUCAUGGAUACCAAGAAGCACGGAGGUCUGACCUACAAUGACUUUCUGCUUCUGCCUGGCUACAUCGGCUUCCCCGCCUCAGCCGUCACCCUUGAUUCCCCGGUCACGAAGCGCAUCACCCUCAAGACCCCCUUCGUUUCCUCCCCUAUGGAUACCGUGACCGAGCAUGAGAUGGCCAUCCACAUGGCUCUUCAAGGCGGUUUGGGUGUCAUCCACCACAACUGCUCGCCUGAUGCCCAGGCCGAUAUGGUCCGCAAGGUCAAGCGCUAUGAGAACGGCUUCAUCCUUGAUCCCGUCGUCAUUAGCAGUGACACGACCAUUGGCGAGACGAAGGCGCUCAAAGAGAAGUGGGGAUUUGGCGGUUUCCCUGUCACAGAAAGCGGCAAGCUUGGCUCCAAGCUGUUGGGUAUCGUGACGAACCGCGACAUCCAAUUCGAAGAAGACCUUCACAAGCCCAUCUCCGAGGUCAUGGUCACCGAUCUGGUCACUGGGCCUGCCGGUAUUCAUCUCCCCGAUGCAAACCAGAUUCUCGCCAAGUCCAAGAAGGGCAAGCUCCCCAUUGUCGACAAGGACGGGAACCUGGUUUCCAUGAUCUCCCGAUCCGAUUUAACCAAAAACCAGCACUUUCCUCUGGCCUCGAAACUUCCGGACAGCAAGCAAUUGCUUUGCGCCGCUGCCAUUGGCACGCGCCCCGAGGAUCGCGACCGACUGAGGAAGCUUGUGGAAGCUGGCCUCGACAUCGUCGUCCUGGAUAGCUCCCAGGGCAACAGCAUGUACCAGGUGGAAAUGGUUCGCUGGAUCAAGUCGGAGUUCAGAGAUUUGGAUGUCAUCGGCGGAAACGUGGUGACGCGCGAGCAGGCGGCGACCCUUAUCGCCGCUGGUGUUGAUGGUCUGCGUAUCGGCAUGGGCAGUGGCUCCGCCUGCAUUACCCAGGAGGUCAUGGCCGUCGGCCGUCCUCAGGCUGCCGCCGUUUACUCGGUCAGCAGCUUCGCCGCCCGCUUCGGCGUUCCUUGCAUUGCCGACGGCGGCGUGCAGAAUGUGGGCCACAUCGUCAAGGGUCUUUCGCUGGGUGCCUCUACCGUCAUGAUGGGCGGUCUACUGGCCGGCACUACCGAGUCGCCCGGUACAUCUUUCGUGUCGCGGGAGGGCAAGCUCGUCAAGGCCUACCGUGGCAUGGGCAGCAUCGACGCCAUGCAGGACAAGAGAGCGGGCAACGGCAGCAAAGAUGCCCAGAAGAGCAAUGCCGGCACUGCCCGGUACUUCUCCGAGGGCGACAGCGUUCUGGUUGCUCAGGGCGUGACGGGAUCCGUCGCCCACCGAGGUCCCAUCUCCAAAUUCGUACCCUACCUCGCCGCCGGCCUCAAGCACUCCAUGCAGGACUGCGGCAUGCAGAGCCUGCAGGUGCUUCACGAGGGUGUGAAGAAUGGCACCGUUCGCUUCGAGCUGCGGACUGCCAGCGCCCAGCUGGAGGGCAACGUGAACAUGGAGUCUUACGAGAAGAAGCUCUUCGCGUAAAAUGAGAAGAAACCAAGAAAAAGAGCAAAUAAAUUAUGGGUCCCGGAAUCGAAAAAGCUUUGGAUAGAACUGAAAGUCCCUCGAACUAAGGGCCGGAUGGGAGGGAAAUCAUGAGCAAAGCGACUGCAUCGGAGAACCGAGAGGGAGUUCUGGGCGUACUUGGAUGGAAGGAAAAUAUUGGCGGCCUGUAGUGUUUGAUGAAGAGUCUAGACCUCCCUUUGCAUGGUCAGGCUAGGAAACGACAAGCUCAGUAUCAUGAAUGUGCUUUACUUCAUGGUCAUGUUAGACUAUGAUACCCUUAAUGUUAUAUGAUAAAUAUCGAGUGUCAAAAAACCAACGAACCAACUGGAC